AUUGCCAAAGUCUCACAGUGGGUCUUCAAUGAAUCAAGUAGAAAAGAGCAAUAAAAUAAAUGUCAAAAGUGAUUUGCCAUCAGAAGGAAGCUUGUCACCAAAAUGUGAACCAGCAAAAGCAUAUGAAGCUGAUUUGGACAAAAAGAAUUUUCCUGUUGAUGGAACUAUUGAAUCAUUAGCAGCAAUAACUUUUGAUUCUUCAGAAAGUGAAGAAGUUGAAAGAGAAGCCAGUCAUCCUGAUGGAAAAGUUGAAAAAGUGUUAAAAAAUGGUUGCCAUCUUAUUAUCUUCCCUAAUGGCACAAGGAAAGAAGUAAGCUGCGAUGGAAAGACUACAACUGUAACCUUUUUUAAUGGGGAUGUAAAACAAGUCCUGGAUGAUCAGAGAGUUAUAUACUAUUAUGCGGAUGCAAAAACUACACAUACCACUUAUCCUACAGGUUUAGAGGUUCUCCAUUUCUCAAAUGGACAGAUAGAAAAGCAUUUUCCAGAUGGAAAAAAAGAAAUUAUAUUCCCUGAUCAAACCAUUAAGAAUGUAUUCACAGAUGGGCGAGAAGUAAACAUUUUUCCUGAUGGCACUAUUGUCCACAUGCAACAAGAUGGAAGUAAGAUUAUAGAGUUCAGCAAUGGUCAGCAAGAAGUGCAUACAGCUGAUUUCAAAAGACGUGAGUAUCCUGAUGGCACAAUCAAAACUGUUUAUGCUGAUGGACAUCAAGAGACUCAAUAUGCCUCUGGUAGACUAAGAGUUAAAAAUAAGAAUGGUGAUGUUAUCAUGGACACCCAUCCCUGAACGUUUAUGUUUUUCUGUAUCUUAAUAUUUAUCAACAUUUACAUUUGCAGUUAUUUUUUCUAGAUGUUCUCUUGUUUACAUAAAAAUAUAAAAGCUUUGUACACAUGCGAUAAACUUCUUAAUAAAUUAUUUUUAAAACUC